GCCACUGAAUGGGAGACGAUCAGUCGUGGUGCAGGUGCCAGAAAGAGUAUGCGCGCUAGCGAGUGAUCGUUGGACGAGGACGAGCGUAGCGGUUGCGGGAGUGGGCAGGAAACGGUUCGGUACGGGCUAUGUAAGACGACGAGGCGGCGGCCGUGGGGUCCGAUCGAGCCGAGUUUCCAUCGAGACCGGAGUAGUGUCCGAUCGGCUGUCGCGGCGCGUGGAGGCUUUACGCCGUUUGUAAUCUGUUCGCCUCGUACGAUCGUAGGAUACGACUGAUCAACGGAGAACCCGAUCAGGGGAUUCGGACCGAAGUUUUGUUCCGCGGGUAGGUUACCGCGAACGUCUCGAUUAUCCACGCGAGAGAGAGAGAGAGAGAGAGAGAGAGAGAGAGAGAGAGAGAGAGAGAGAGAGAGAGAGAGUGUCUGAAUUGGAGAACGGAACGUCCUCGAUGAAAAGUGCAGGAUUGAGAUGAAUCCCGUCGUCGACAGGAACGCGCGAUUGAGAGAAGUAGUGAAGUGGUGACGAGGUAAAUUCUACCGCGACGUCGGUGUCUUGCGCGGAUUUCACUCCCGAAUAUUUUACUCGCGUGUGGUUGACGUGACCGUUCCGGUGAUCGAUCUUACUGGCUGGUCGGAAAAGAAUCCUCUCGGAGAAGAAGAAGAGAAGAAGCAAAGAUCGAAGUGCCUUUCCUCGUCGUAUUGUUAUCGUAUUGUUAAUUCAACGGCAUACGAAAUGGAGGACACGACGUCCGGAGGACAAGAUCCGUCCAAUAUCCUUUUGAUGUCGAAGAUCGGCGCGAUGGUCGGUCUUGGCUUUGGUUCCCUCGCACUGGGAACGCUGCCAUUGAUGGUGGGACGUUACAGAGCCAAGAAGCAACUUCGUCAGAAACGCCACCAGAAACGUCGCCAGGCGAUGUCUUCCAAUUCUAACACUUCCACGUCCACUUCAACAUCCGACGCUUCCCCGCCGCACGUUGAUUCGGCCUCCGCGGCGAAUAAGCAAGGUCUCUUGACGUCGCUCUUGCUCUGCUUCGGCGGCGGCGUGCUCCUGUUCACGACGUUCAUACAUCUGGCACCGGAAGUUCGCGCUAGCGUAGAGACACAUCAGUCGAAUAAACAACUGCCCGAUUUGGGCUCCCUCGGUCUGGCUGAGCUGCUUUUCUGCGGUGGUUUCUUCCUCGUUUAUUUGGUCGAGGAAGCUGUGCAUGCCGCCCUUACCGGCAAACCCGAGUCUUCGGAAGCAUUACUUUACCGAACAGUGUCGGUGCGUAGAUGCAACAACAAUCAGACAGGUCCAUCAAGUUCGUCGGUGAUGUCGAACGGCUCGAUCACCACCGUGUCCACGACGACCAAGUCCACCGCGUGGAAGGACACCGAUGAUACCGGGGACAGCAAAGAUCCGGCAAACCGGCUGAAACUCCAGCUCGAUGAUUCUCAUCGCGAUCAAGCAGGCAAGGACGACAAAGUGCUGCCGCCUAUAUUCGUCCUGCCUGUCGCGUUAUCGAACGAAGAACGUAAGGUUGUUCGGAGGCAUUCUGAUCUGGAAUUAGCAAUUCCGGAACUAAACUACCCGAUCAAUCAUCAUCAUUCCCAUGAUCAUCAUCAUCAUCAUCAUCAUCAUCAGCACGGCACGAUGCAAAACACCUCAAUACAAGGACUACUGACUGUGCUCGCAUUAUCCUUUCACGCGAUAUUCGAAGGUUUGGCGGUGGGUCUGGAACCAUCUAUCAGUUCAGUCGCAUAUCUGGCAGCCGCUAUCGCGACCCACAAACUGGUGAUCGCCUUCUGCGUCGGAAUGGAGCUCUACGUGGCCGGCGCGUCGACCAAGACCACCCUCGGCUACCUGUUAAUCUUUGCCAUGGUUACACCGAUCGGGAUCGCCGUGGGACUCGUCCUCGCGCACUUCAAGAACGACAGCGAGAAUUUGGGACCCACACCCACCAUCCUCCAGGGCAUGGCGGCUGGUACCCUACUUUACGUGGUAUUCUUCGAGGUGCUGGCGCGGGAGAGGGCAAACGAGAAGAGCGGCUUGCUGCAGCUAGUCGCAAUCAUUAUUGGCUUCACGCUGAUGCUGGGUCUACAGAUCGCCACUGCCCAUUCCCACUCACAUGAUGGCAGCGGCCACGGACAUUCGCAUGGUGGCCAUGGACACUCGCACGAUUGCAAUUCGCCCAACCAUACGGAGGUAGAAGAGGAAGAUGAUCAUGAUCAUGAUCACAAUCACAAGCACGACGUAGUCACAGGGAUGAUCGACAAAGUAACCGACAGCAUCGCCGAGGUCCUCACCAAUGCCCUCUCGUCCUCGACGAUGCCGUCGACGACGGUACAGAGGAAUGAUAUAAAUGAGACCAGUCCAUUACAUCCUCAGCGCAGUUAGGGGACCGAUCUUUGGGUUCCCGUAAGUUCCGAUCUCCACGACUGAAUUCUCUUCAGCAAGAGAUUUCAGCGUAACAAAGAUCUCUCGGGAGACUCGAAGAUCUCGAGAUGGCAACGAUGCCUUUACUCAGGGGACUCUUUUCGCAUUUUUUUUUUAAUUAUUUAGUAAAGAAAAUGAAAUAUUAAAAUGAGAGGAAGAUCAGCGUUGACCUAAUUUCUUUUAAUGUGUGACUAUACACCGAUCAGAUGGACUUGUAGAUGGAUAUUUCUAAUGGACAUUGUGCAAAUAGCGGGAAACUCAUUAUGUUCGAUAAGACGGUGUCUUGCAUUGUUGCUUUAACUGAGAAACGGCGCGACGUACGGAACAAACUUUCAGGAUUUCCGAUCUUUUCGCUGACUUACUUCGCGACAAACAUCCUGAAGAAUUUCUCACACAAAAUCGCGAUCAGAAAAAAAAGCGUUCCCGCACCGAUAUAUCGUAUCCGAGUUUAUUUUUUUAGAUUACGUAAUAGAGAAUAAGUUAAGUCCGUAGUGCAUGAUUAUUUAAGUGCCUUCAAGACCUAGAUACUCUAGUAUCUAAAGUAUUUAUUGAUAGGAUAUGAAGGCGUUCUCCAGAGUUUAAAUAAUUCUUGAUAGCAAUACAAAAAAAAAAAGGGAUGCUGAGCAUUUUAUGGGAGCCAAUUCAAUUUCCUAAUUAUUCAACGAAUCCAAACAGGCCAUGCGCAUUUAUAGUAAGAACUUUUAAUAAAUUACCACAGAUAUUUUUUACAA